AAUGAAACCGGAAGUUCAAAAACAACGGAGGCGUUUUCCUUGUUGAAAAAAAUUUGGCAUGAAAUCAUAUUUACCUGUUUAACUUAACCAAUGUAGCGCCUAAACAUUGACACUGCUGUAUAUAAAUCAUGUCUCGACAAGGAACAAGAGGAGUAGAUCUACGCAAAGUUAAUGGAGAACUGUUCUCUUUGACAUAUGGUGCUCUUGUGGCGCAGCUACUAAAAGAUUAUGAAGAUGAUGAAGAGGUCAACAAGCAACUAGAAAAAAUGGGCUACAACAUUGGAGUCAGGUUGAUUGAGGAUUUCCUGGCAAGGUCAAAUGUGGGGAGGUGCAAUGAUUUUAGAGAAACAGCAGAUGUCAUAUCUAAGCUGGCCUUUAAGAUGUACCUGGGGAUACAACCAGUGGUCAGCAACUGGAGUGCUGCUGGUGAUGAAUUCUCCCUCCUGAUCGAGAAUAACCCCCUCACUGAUUUUGUCGAACUUCCUCCAGGCCAUUCACAGCUGAACUUUUCUAAUAUCUUGUGUGGAGUUCUGAAAGCAGCUUUAGAAAUGGUCCAGAUGGAGGUAGAUGUGAGGUUUGUGCAAGAUACCCUAAAGGGAGAUAACAUCACUGAAAUUCGCCUCAAAUUUGUGAAGCGGUUAGAGGAUGCUGUACCUGUGGGAGAGGAUUAAGAAGAAUUAACAGAACUCUAGCAAAAUGAUAAUCUUCAGACUCUUGUGUCUUGAUAAUUUACAGUUUUAGGACCUUGCAUUCCAUCAAAUCUUGUCUGUCAUUGAUUGAAAAUUUAGGAUAUGAUGUACGUCAUUAUUAUGUGGAUAUGUGCGAAGGAGAAAAAGAGAUAUGUGAUGUUGACACAUGUAUUGAAACAUUUGUAAAUGUAUCAUCUUUUGUGUAAAUGUUGUCGAGAUGUAUGUAUAUGUAGGAUAUCCCUGUAGAUGUAUUUGUGACUUACCGGUAAAUGUUUUUUUUUGUUUUUGAGAUAAGACAAUUUGGGUAUCGAUUUUUUGAUCCCUGUGGAUACAUGCAUGUUUUUGCAGCGAUUGAAGUGAAGGGAUCAGACAGAUUAUUACUGGUCAGUCUUGUUUGUUGUAACAUUAAAACAAAUUAAAAAAUUA